AGGCGGCUUCCCCCUCCCUUACCAGGCGGGCGAAGAAGGCCGCGGUUAUCGAUCCCGCUGCUGACUAGAGGGAGGAGGAAGCAUCAGCAGAGAAAAUGGCGGCCGUGGCUGCGACUGCGGCGGUGCCGGGUGAUGGUGGAGCCGGCGAGGCCGAGCCCAUCCCGGGCAGCGAGGCCGGCGCAGACCCGCUCCCGGCUGGCACUCAGGCCGCCGUGGAGUCGGCGGUGCUCGACGCCCGGGAGGAGCCCGAGCCAGCCCCGGGGGGAGAGGCCGAGGAGCCGCUGCCGCCGCCGCCCGGGAGCCCAGCGGGGACCCGAGACCUGCCGCAGGCCCAGCCCAGCCCGGAGCCCGUCGGAGGGUCGCCUCAGCCGCCCUGCCCGCUCACCGCGGAGCUCUCCGAGCUUCCCCCUGACGAUGAGGCGGAGGGACAAGGCGGAGGGGAGCAGCCGCCCUGCUUGCCGCUGUCGCCGCCGCCGCCGCCUGUAGCUGGGGGCCCCGCGGGGCCGGAGCCCGGAGAGGAACCGCCCCGGCCGGAGGAGGAGGAGCCGGAUGCUGCCGCCACCGCCGUUGCGAAGCAGCCGGAGCUCUCUGCGCCCGCGGAGCAGUCGGUGGCCGCUGGAGGAGAGGAAGAGGAGGAGGCGGUGCUGAUGCCCGGCUCGGAGGUGCUGGUCACCCUGGAUCACAUCAUCGAGGACGCGCUGGUGGUGUCUUUCCGAUUCGGGAAGAAGCUUUUUUCCGGGGUCCUCAUGGACCUUUCCAAAAGGUUUGGACCGCACGGAAUCCCUGUGACCAUAUUUCCCAAAAGAGAGUACAAGGAUAAUCCUGAAGCGAUAGAACUCCAAAGUAAAUCAUUCCAAGAUGAGACCCAAGUGAAGUGUGAAGCCAAUGGUGUAGUCACAGACUCUUCUCCCAUCCAGCCACCAGAGCCUAGCCUGGCUAAAAGCCUAUGGACUUCCAAGCCGCCUCCCCUUUUUCACGAGGGAGCACCAUAUCCUCCUCCUUUGUUUAUCAGGGACACAUAUAACCAGUCAAUACCUCAGCCUCCGCCUCGGAAAAUUAAACGGCCCAAGCGGAAAAUGUACAGGGAGGAACCCACUUCUAUUAUGAAUGCUAUCAAACUACGACCCAGACAGGUCUUGUGCGACAAGUGUAAGAACAGUAUUGUUGCAGAAAAGAAAGAAAUUAAGAAGGGUAGCAGUACAAGUGACUCCUCAAGGUAUGAGGAUAGUAGAAAACGAAGACAUGAGAGUGUAACUACUGUGAAUAAAAAAAUUAAAACUGAUCAUAAAGUUGAUGGGAAAAGCCAAAAUGAAAGCCAGAAAAGGAAUUCCGUGGUCAAAGUUGCAAAUAUUGCUCAUAGCAGAAGUAGAGUAGUCAAAGUUACCACUCAAGCAAAUACUUCAAAAACGCAGUUAAAUACUAAAAAGGUUCUCCAGAGCAAAAACAUGGAUCAUGCAAAAGCUCGGGAAGUUUUGAAAAUAGCCAAAGAGAAGGCACAAAAGAAACAGAGUGCAACCUCUACUUCCAAAAAUGCACAUUCAAAGGUCCACUUCACACGGCGUCUUCAAAACACCAGCUCAGGUUCCCUGCCCCCACGAUUGCGUCUAAAGCCACAAAGGUACCGAAAUGAAGAAAACGACUCCUCUCUCAAGACAGGGCUUGAGAAAUUGCAGAGUGGCAAGAUGGCAGCUAAGCCUCAGUCUCGCUGCUCCUCUACCCGCUCAGCAGGUGAGGCCCCUUCAGAAAAUCAGAGCCCCUCAGAAGGCCCUGAAGAGGCCAGCAGUGAGGUUCAGGACACAAAUGAAGUGCAUGUACCUGUUGAUCAGGAUGAACAGCAGACACUGGGCAAGAGAGGCAGCAAAAGCAAUAUAACGGUUUACAUGACCCUUAAUAAAAAGAAAUCUGACUCUUCCAGUGCAUCAGUGUGUAGUAGUGAUAGCACAGAUGACUUGAAGUCCACCAACUCUGAGUGUAGCACUACUGAAAGCUUUGAUUUUCCUCCAGGCAGCAUGCAUGCACCUUCCUCCUCCUCCUCGUCCUCUUCAAAGGAAGAGAAAAAGCUCAGUAAUUCCUUGAAAAUGAAAGUCUUUUCAAAAAAUGUCACUAAAUGUGUCACACCAGAUGGCAGGACCAUAUGUGUAGGAGACAUUGUUUGGGCCAAGAUAUAUGGCUUCCCAUGGUGGCCAGCCCGUAUUCUUUCUAUAACUGUGAGCCGAAAAGAUAACGGCCUCUUAGUCCGACAGGAAGCUCGUAUUUCAUGGUUUGGGUCCCCAACAACAUCUUUCCUUGCUCUUUCGCAGCUCUCCCCUUUUUUAGAAAACUUUCAGUCGCGAUUUAAUAAGAAGAGAAAAGGUCUUUACCGCAAGGCCAUUACAGAAGCAGCCAAGGCUGCUAAGCAGCUAACUCCUGAAGUUCGGGCCCUGCUGACACAGUUUGAAACAUGAACAUGAGAAGUAAGCACAGAGACAUUAAUCGCCUGCUGUAUUUAUGGAACCUCCCUACACUGCCAUGAAGAAGGUCAGCUGGCCAGGCAUGAUAUACAACUGAAAUCUAGAUUGCAGUGUAUACUGGGAGAGAACUUUAUACAAAAACCACCACACCCCUUUUCCAGGGCAUCUGUACUUAUUGUAAAUUUACUUUGGAAUUUGAAGUGUUAGAAACAUUUUGUAAACUUGUUUUGCAAUAAAUAAGGCAUGAGCCAAGGAGCCUGUUCAAGAUGAACUUGCAAGGAACCACUUGAAUUACUAGUAUGAAGAAUCACAAAGUGUACUCUUACUCUUAAAAUGUGAUAGUCUGAAUAGGCCCUAGCAGUGGAGUCAAGACCUCUGGAAAGUUGGCUGUAAACUUCUGAACAUUUACUUUUGUUCUUACUGUGUGUUAUUUCACAUCUUAACAGACUUUAGUAUUUGGUGCAGGUGUUAGCAGAGCUGUAACCUAUUUCUGGAAGCACGUCCACAUUCAGCUGUGGUGUUAAGUACUGACAGUCCUGUUUGGAGGCCAAGGUUUCCCCUAGAGAUGGUGAUAAGAGCAGCGACAGUGAACUCCCAUGUAAUUCUUGAAUAAUUAGGGCCAAUCUUUGCUGUUGUGGGAAAUGUUUCUUUGAUGGCCACAAAGAUCAUUCUGUAAAAUGCAGGAAUCACUGACAAUACACAAAUGUCUGUUUGCUUGUGAUUCUCUAGCAGUAGCCACCCUAAAGUACAGCUACGGCUAAGAUAGGGUAGUAACUGGUAUCCAAAGUCAUGUUUCCUUUCUAGUGAAGGAACAUAUUGCACAUUAAAUUAGUCCUGACUUGGUUGUGACUAACUUAUUCAUAACAGCCCGCUGUUAGAUUGGGGUUUUAGCAUUUCUAAAGUUAGUUGGUUUACAAGCCCUCUCCAAUAAAACAAGUCUUAACUCUUAUCCACAGGACUUGAGUAUUUAACUGCCAGAUGGUUCCACAUUUCAAUGGAAAUCAACCUAGUUUUCCAUAGGAUUGCACUCACUAUUAAAAUCUGCUUUUCAUAUUACCCAGGUAUAAAACCUUAACUUGCAUUUAGUUUAUUAACAGCAGAUCAGGAUUCCCCAGGAAGCUUGAUGGGUUAAUAAACACAAGUCAAAAUGAAUGCACAAUCUGAUGAAGUACAAAUAUCAAGUUCUUUUUAAAAUAUGACGAUGCCAUCUACACAAGAGUUAAGUCUUGUAUGGCAUUAAGAUAACCAUCUACAGAUUAACAAAAUAUCUCUCUUUUCCAAAGUUACCCAUACCAGCAAAUACAAGCUGAAGUCUUGGCUUCAUAAUUUCCAUGCAUGUUGUAAUUAUACAAGAUUUUCCCUUGGCUUUGACAGAUUUAUAUUUUUAAAUAGCAUUCUAAACAUGGGAAAGAUGUAUGAGUUAGUAUAUUACAAUGCAAUUCUAUAUUAAAUAUUUACUAAAAAUGUCUGUGAAAACAUUUAAAAUUUUAUUUAUGAAAACAGUUCAUAGCACCUUUUUAAGAGGUUCAACUGUACCAGUUUUCCUAAGAAAUUAGAGAGGAUGUUUAAAGGACAACAAGCAAUUGCUUUGCAGUAGUCUUUCUACAAUAGUCAAAGCAAAAGAGAAAUAAAGUAUACUCUACAAUUUUCCAGCAAGAUUAGAAGCUUAUUUGGGCAAGGUAAAAGGUACUGCAGCGAGUCAGUGCAGUGUGGUUAGACAAAAAUAAGCAUCCUUUUUAUUUAAAAGCAGGGUUGGGUGACUUCACUGGAGAAGGUGCACACACCUUAGGAGGUAACCAUGGCACAAAAUGAUAGUUUUGACUCAGGAAAAUGGUGUUGGCUGUACAAAUAAGGGUACAUAUCUGGAUUGAUAAUGGGUGGAGCCAGUAGUGCCUGCACAGACAACAUCUUACUUUUAGCCUGUGCUCCUAUUCCUUCUCCUUCAAGAGCACAACCACUGCCCAUUUUACAUCCAUAACACUGUACGAAGUGGUAGAGCUACAGGUUUAUGGGCAAAAUAAAGAUGGCAAGGUUGAAAAAUGGACAAAAUGGCUAGUUGGUACUACUCAUGAAGAAUUGAGAAACUACAGCCACCUUGUUUUUCACUUUGAAAUGAUUGUCAGGGAAAAAUUGUAGUGGUAGAAGUAAUGUAUUGCUUUUCACCCUUUUGCUUUAGUUGCUUAAUAUUUAAGCUUUGCUUCAUGUUACCUUUUUUGUCUGUUUGCUAUGUCACUAUGCCUCCUUCAUUUGGUAGACUUGAAUGAGGAAAAAUGAUUCAGCUUUUAAGGGUCACUUGAAAUUAAUUGUUCAAGAAUGUUGUGUACCAUCUAUUCAAUAAAGCCUUGAUUUUUUUCCUGCACUUUUAAAAAA